GAAACAAUCAUUGAACAGGACAAUCUUUUGUGUUUUGAUAAUUUGUAUUGAAAGUUUAUUUCAGUGUAGUUGCUGUUUCGAAUAAAUGUAAACAAAAGCUAUUCAUAAAUCCCUGAAAAAUUUAUUUUAAAAUUUGAUUGAAAAAUGCACGUUCAUAUUCGCAUUAGACGAAUGAUAUCGCUAUAAAGUUGGAUUCUCCACCAUGACGACUACUGACCCGAAUCCAACUAGAGGAAGGCCAGGCCGUCCGCGGCACCCUCGACCAAAAGUUUAUACGGAAGAUGCGAAAAAAGCUACCGAAGAGGACACAAAUCAACAGAGUAACGAUGUUGGAGACAGUAAAAAUGAAUGCAAGAAAAAAACGAGUUUAUCAUGUGAAAUUUGUGGAAAAACAUUCAAGCACAGGACGAGCCUAACAUUACAUGAAGCAACUCAUUAUGGGAUAAAAAAUUUCCAAUGCGAGAUUUGUAGCAAGCGUUUUACCCAAAAAGGUGCACUCAAAGCUCAUAUCCGGUUGCAUACGGGCGAACUCCCCUUCAAAUGUCCACACUGCCCGAAACGCUUUCGAGGCCAAACUACUCUCGAUGGCCAUAUAUUUCAGCACACAAAACAGGGCACCAGCUGUCCUCAAUGUGCGGCAGUCUUUGCGACUCCUUCAAUUGUUAAGCGACACAUUCGAGAGGUCCACACAACGGAGCGAGCACACAUUUGUCAAAUAUGCGGAACGUCUUACAAGCAUCUCAAAAGUUUGCGUACUCAUCUUAAAAACCACCAGAAGCGGAACUGUCCGGUGUGUGGCAGAGUGUUCCACAGUAUAUUCGCAAUGAUGACUCAUCGGCGGGUCCAUGCGGAAGACAACUAUCAGUACAAGUGCGGGUUUUGUGAACGUAAGUUUGAGAAGGCCGAAGAAUACGAAAGUCAUCAAAAACUUCGGGGCCGUACGUUUCAGUGUGACGCGUGCUGUCACAGCUUUAAUAAGGCUGAUUACCUGAACAAUCACAACCGACGAUUUCAUUGGAAGGAAAUGGGUCUGGAGCAGCUGAAAUGGGCGUUUCCUAAGGGUAGCGAUAAUCGAAAGCGCGCUAAAGGGUCGCGGAAGAAAAGUGACCAUGAAGAGGUACCUCCGAUCACGCCUGAUGAGAAAUAUUCCUGUGAAAUUAGUAAAGCGUCUGAGGGAAAAGAAACAGAGGUACCGGUUCUCAUGGAUAAUUUGGAUCAGAUUGUGCAAACGAUUGCUACCGAAAUGGAUAGUUGUAGCAAAGAGAAUGUCGAAACAGAAGUUAACAACAUGGAACAUUCUCCAGAGCACGUUUAUGAAAACGACAACUAUCAGUAUGAUUGCGACGAUUCUGGCUUCGAUUUGGAAAAGAACGAAACCAGCAGUAUUAGUUUGAAUUUUGAUAAGAUACUGCAACCGGAAAUCAAACAAGAUUCAACAGAGCCAUCGAGGAUAGAAAAUAUCCAAGACACUUGUGAAGACAAUCCUGAACCUUCGGGAAAAAUAGAGUCUCAAUCCGAUAGUGAUGACGAAAUUCCACUAGCAAAAUUUGUUAACCAUACAAAAAUACCUACGGAAGAGGUCAAAGUUGAAGAAUUAAGUAGCAGUAAUUCUGAUGGAAAUGCAAUAGUAGCAUAUCAAGAUCAUGAUACUAAAUCCGAUAUUGAUGUCUUCGAAACGGGUAAAGACAACAAAGCAAUUAAAAGCACAGCAUAUAGUUCGAAAAGAAGGAAACGGAAACGAGGGAGCAGUGAGUUGGACCCGACUCAGGACGAAUGGUGUCCAAAAGAGGAAGAUUGUCUUCCUCUUGGCCGCUCUGAAACUAAGUCUGAAAAAUCUCCAUACAUUUGCGAAAUUUGUGGACGAUCAUACGCUACAUCGUCUUCUUUAAAAACUCAUCGACUGUACCACGAAUCGAAAAAACGUUUCCAAUGUUCAAAAUGUCCAAAAUCUUUUCCCUUCCGCUGUCAUCUGGAAAACCACGACCGAGUGGAGCAUCUCCGAGAUCGGUUCGUCUGUUCCGAAUGCGGCAAACAGUACAAAUAUAUCCGAGAUCUUCAGAUCCAUAUCAAGCAGCACGAAGAGGACAAACCAUUCAAAUGCGAUCUUUGCCCUUCGGCUUUUCGAUUCCCGUCCAAUCUUCGUGAUCACAAAGCGUGCCACAAAGAGAAAGUUUUCCCGUGUGAACUUUGCAAAAAAGAGUUCAAAUACGCCAACAGUCUGCGAGUUCACAAACUGUUGCAUACCGGCGUAAAAAGAUUCCGCUGUGAAGUUUGCGACCGUGAAUUUAGCACCAAGGCGCCUCUUCUUCGACACAUGGGCACACAUUCGAAGGCUCGGGAACUUAAGUGCAUUGCGUGUGAUAGAAUUUUCUACAUCAAAAGCGAACUUACCGUUCAUCAGGCAAAGGAACACCCUAAUCAUCCACUGAUUGGAAAGACGGUUACUAUUCAUACUUGUGACAAGUGUGGCCAGGAGUUCCCCAAAAAGAGUAUGCUCACAUCACAUUACCUUGUCCAUGGCAACGUUUACAGCUUCAAAUGUGAGCUGUGCGAAGACAAAACUUUCAAACAGAAGGCCGGGUUACGGCAACAUAUGAUGCUAUUCCAUGACCAGGAGGUGCAAAAGCGGAAAUUGAAAGAUGUGCCAAGCUCCCCGAAUGACUCGACGCAACAUUCCAACCAAACUGAACUACAGAGUACAGACUUCAGUAUGUGAAUUAAAGUUAGGAUUUAAAUUGUGAAAUACAAAAUUUUGUUCAUUGAUGAUUUAA